CCGGCGGGCGGCGGCGGGCACCGGCGGCGCUCCAGGUACCGGCGGCUGAGGUGGCGAGGCCGCCCCCCGGGGGCCAGCGGGCAGGCGGGGACUCCGGCCCGCCGCGCCCCUGUGCUGCGGUGAGCUUUCGUGCCCGGAGCACUCGUCUCUCCGCGGCGCCAGCCGGGGCCAGCCGGCUCUCCCCGCCCAGCCAGCCCCGGCCCUACCUGCGGCCGCCGUCGGGGGAGGGGGGUCCCCCCAGCUCUGCGGAGCCGCAUGAACAAUAGGCGGCGGCGGCUCCUGCGGGCGGCGACAGCCCCGCACCCUAUGGAUCGGCCGCUCCAUGGAGCCCUCCAGAGCGCUUCUCGGCUGCCUGGCGAGCGCCGCCGCUGCCGCCCCGCCGGGGGAGGAUGGAACGGGGACCGGGGCCGAGGAGGAGGAGGAAGAGGAGGAGGAGGCGGCGGCGCCCCCUGGGGAGCUGGGCUCCGACGCACCGCUGCCCUACUGGACGGCCGUGUUCGAGUACGAGGCGGCGGGAGAGGACGAGCUGACCCUGCGGCUGGGCGACGUGGUGGAGGUGCUGUCCAAGGACUCGCAGGUGUCCGGCGACGAGGGCUGGUGGACCGGGCAGCUGAACCAGCGGGUGGGCAUCUUCCCCAGCAACUACGUGACUCCGCGCAGCGCCUUCUCCAGCCGCUGCCAGCCUGGCGGCGAGGACCCCAGUUGCUACCCGCCCAUUCAGUUGUUAGAGAUUGAUUUUGCGGAGCUAACCCUGGAAGAGAUUAUUGGCAUUGGGGGAUUUGGGAAGGUCUAUCGUGCUUUCUGGAUAGGCGAUGAGGUAGCCGUGAAAGCAGCUCGCCACGACCCCGAUGAGGACAUCAGCCAGACCAUAGAGAACGUUCGCCAAGAGGCCAAGCUCUUCGCCAUGCUGAAGCACCCCAACAUCAUUGCCCUUAGGGGGGUGUGUCUGAAGGAACCCAACCUCUGCUUAGUCAUGGAGUUUGCUCGUGGAGGGCCUUUGAAUAGAGUGUUAUCUGGGAAAAGGAUCCCCCCGGACAUCCUGGUGAACUGGGCUGUGCAGAUCGCCAGAGGGAUGAACUACCUACAUGAUGAGGCAAUCGUCCCCAUCAUCCACCGUGACCUUAAGUCCAGCAACAUAUUGAUCCUGCAGAAGGUGGAGAAUGGAGACUUAAGCAACAAAAUACUGAAGAUCACUGAUUUUGGCCUGGCUCGGGAAUGGCACCGAACCACCAAGAUGAGUGCAGCAGGGACAUAUGCCUGGAUGGCUCCUGAAGUCAUUCGUGCCUCUAUGUUUUCCAAAGGCAGUGACGUGUGGAGCUAUGGGGUGCUGCUUUGGGAGCUGCUGACUGGCGAGGUGCCCUUCCGAGGCAUCGAUGGCUUAGCAGUGGCUUACGGAGUGGCCAUGAACAAACUUGCCCUUCCUAUUCCUUCUACCUGCCCAGAACCUUUUGCCAAACUCAUGGAAGACUGCUGGAAUCCCGACCCCCAUUCACGACCAUCUUUUACGAGUAUCCUGGACCAGCUAACCACCAUAGAGGAGUCUGGUUUCUUUGAAAUGCCCAAGGACUCCUUCCACUGCCUGCAGGAUGACUGGAAACAUGAGAUUCAGGAGAUGUUUGACCAACUCAGGGCCAAAGAAAAGGAGCUCCGCACCUGGGAGGAGGAGCUGACACGGGCUGCACUGCAGCAGAAGAACCAGGAGGAGCUGCUGCGGCGUCGGGAGCAGGAGCUGGCCGAGCGGGAGAUCGACAUCCUGGAACGGGAGCUCAACAUCAUCAUCCACCAGCUGUGCCAGGAGAAGCCCCGGGUGAAGAAACGCAAGGGCAAGUUCAGGAAGAGCCGGCUGAAGCUCAAGGAUGGCAACCGCAUCAGCCUGCCCUCUGAUUUCCAGCACAAGUUCACGGUGCAGGCCUCCCCGACCAUGGACAAGAGGAAGAGUCUUAUCAACAGCCGCUCCAGCCCUCCUGCAAGCCCCACCAUCAUUCCCCGCCUUCGAGCCAUCCAGUUGACACCAGGUGAAAGCAGCAAAACCUGGGGCCGGAGCUCAGUCAUCCCAAAAGAGGAAGGGGAAGAGGAAGAGAAGAGGGCCCCAAAGAAGAAGGGACGAACAUGGGGGCCAGGGACCCUUGGGCAGAAGGAGCUUGCCUCGGGGGAUGAAGGAUCCCCUCAGAGGCGGGAGAGAGCUAAUGGCUUAAGUACCCCAUCAGAAUCUCCACAUUUCCACUUGGGCCUCAAAUCCCUGGUAGAUGGAUACAAACAGUGGUCGUCCAGUGCCCCCAACCUGGGAAAGGGCCCGAGGAGCAGCCCGGCACUGCCAGGGUUCACCAGCCUCAUGGAGAUGGAGGAUGAGGACAGCGAAGGCCCGAGGAGUGGAGAGAGUCGUCUACAGCAUUCACCUGACCAGUCCUACCUCUGUAUCCCGUUUCCUCGUGGGGAGGAUGGGGAUGGCCCCCCCAGUGACGGAGUCCAUGAGGAGCCCACCCCAGUCAACUCAGCCACCAGUACCCCUCAGCUGACACCAACCAACAGCCUCAGACGCAGUGGGGCACACCACCGCCGCUGUGAGGUGGCUCUGCUUGGCUGUGGGGCUGUUCUGGCAGCCACAGGCCUAGGGUUUGACUUACUGGAAGCUGGCAGGUGCCAGCUGCUUCCCCCAGAGGAGCCCGAGCCGCCAGCCCGGGAGGAGAAGAAGAGGCGUGAAGGUCUUUUCCAGAGGGCCAGCCGUCCUCGACGGAGCACCAGCCCCCCCUCCCGAAAGCUCUUCAAGAAGGAAGAGCCCAUGCUGCUGCUGGGGGACCCCUCAGCUUCCCUGACCCUGCUCUCUCUCUCCUCCAUCUCCGAGUGCAACUCCACCCGCUCCCUACUGCGCUCUGACAGCGAUGAGAUCGUGGUGUACGAGAUGCCAGUCAGCCCCGUCGAGGCCCCACCCCUGACCCCGUGCACCCACAACCCACUGGUCAAUGUGCGGGUGGAGCGCUUCAAGCGAGACCCUAACCAGUCCCUGACUCCCACCCACGUCACCCUCACGGCCCCCACACAGCCCAGUGGUCACCGGCGGACUCCUUCUGAUGGAGCCCUUAAGCCUGUAGCUCUCCUAGCCAGCAGGAGCCCCUCCAGCAACGGGUUGAGCCCCAGCCCUGGAGCAGGAAUGUUGAAAACCCCCAGUCCCAGCCGAGACCCAGGUGAAUUCCCCCGGCUCCCUGACCCUAAUGUGGUCUUUCCCCCAACCCCAAGGCGCUGGAACACACAGCAGGACUCUACCCUGGAGAGACCCAAGACUCUGGAGUUUCUGCCUCGGCCACGUCCUUCUGCCAAUCGGCAACGGCUAGACCCUUGGUGGUUUGUGUCCCCCAGCCAUGCCCGCAGCGCCUCCCCAGCCAACAGCUCCAGCACCGAGACACCCAGCAACCUGGACUCCUGCUUUGCUAGCAGCAGCAGCACUGUGGAGGAGCGGCCUGGGUUGCCGGCCCUGCUCCCAUUCCAGGCAGGGCCGCUGCCCCCCGCAGAGCGGACGCUUCUGGACCUGGACGCAGAGGGGCAGAGUCAGGACAGUACUGUGCCGCUGUGCAGAGCCGAACUGAACACACACAGGCCUACUGCUUACGAGAUCCAGCAGGAAUUCUGGUCUUAGCGUGAAAAGGGGCAGGGGAGGGGCAGGCAAGGGGGACGCAGGGGGAGAUAGAGGGAGCUGGCUGGUACAGUCCUUUCUCAGAGUGGGGCCUCUUGAGAUCCAGCCCUACUUCUUGCACUGAAAAUGCACUUUGAAGAUGGAAGGGAUGGAAACAGGGCCACUUCAGAGGGUCUCCUGCCCUGCAGGACCUUUUUACCCAUGUCCACUGGAGGGGCUGCAGCCAUCAGCUCUGGCUGUGUAGGGGAGGGAGGGGUGCGUGCAUGUCCCCCACCCUCCACAGUCUUCCUCGCCUUUAGGGUGACCCUGCAGAGUCAUCCAGCCAAAUCUGUCUGCUGCUUCUCCUCAGCCAGCUGGGUAUGCCCAGAGCUGUCCUGGGGGUCUCUUUGUUAGCCCUGAGUUCAACCUUCCCACACACUAGUAUUGGAUGUUCUGUGAUUGAUUUUGCUAUUCUUCCCUUGUCCCCCCCAGCACCCAUGAAUGGAAUCUCAUUUGGUGUAAGCUGUCCUGUGUCCCAAAUCCUUUUGUGCCAACUGAGGACUGGGGACAAGUUAGCCCAAUGUAGGGCCAUAAGGGCUGACGGACCUGGCACUACCUACCUGCACUUCCAGGUGCCCCGUCUGUGUAUCUGAGCCUACAGGUGGUAAGGGGAACUGGUUUAGUGAGAAUCGAGGGAAGGGGAGGGAGUAGGAGGAAGUGUAGUCAAGUUACAGUGAGGAGGGUGGUGGAGUCUAUACGUGUUUGUUUUUUGGAAACAGUGAAGGGCAGAAACCAGCACCUGUUGAAGGGCCCCCAUCUGCCUUCCUGGGGUCAGAACACGGUCACACCAUGUGCUGAUAGAAAUGUAUGCUCAUCCCAGGAAUAGCUUCUUGGUGUGCUUUCUGGUGCCAGUUCUGAAGACUGAGUUCUGUGUUCAUCUCUUUGGUUGUCAGAUCUUUUAUGUGUUACUCCCUUCCUUUGGUCUUCCCUCCAAUCCCUGGAAUUCAUGGGCUUCAGGUCUUGUGGUUGGUUGGUAGAUCUCUCCUCCGUGCACCAGAAUAGCACACGGGGUAGGUCCUAGACACUGGGAGUUGGAAAGGUGGGGAUUCCUUUUCAACCGAGCCAUUCGUUUUGUGACACCAUUCGUAAUACCUGCUGUAAAUGGUCGUGGCAAAUUGAUGCUGUUUUUAAGGUGUUCAGUGAGUUGUUGAUGUAUAAUAGCCGUCAAGUCCCAAGGACUGGAAACUGACCUAGGCCACCUCUGCCUCUGUGUACAGGUAGCCCUCUUGCUGGGCUCUGCACUGUGAGCUGGGUAUAAAGGACAACAGAGGCCAACUCUGACUUGUCCCGUAUUUGUGUCCUGAACUUGAAUGUUGAGCUUUGGUAAAAACGUCUCAUAUAUUUCUUCACUGUCCUCCUCUGAGGCUUCUCGUGUUGUAUGUGAGCAGUGAUCUUCAUGUGGCAGUGACAGCCUGACUGGAAGUACAUUCCUCAGGUCCUGCUCCUCUUCCAUCAAGACUGUAAAUGUUGCUCUACUGCCUUUUUCAUGGAAUAUUCUCUGGUGAUGUUGGAGGUCAGUCGGCAGGUUCCUUUGUUGUCUGGAUGCCAGGGUGGGGAGGUGGUGCGACUGGCACAUGGGACAGAUUUGGUCACUGCUCUUUCUCUGUAACUAUGAUAGAAGUCUUGCCCUGGGGAGGACUCAAGAGGGGACCUUGGUUUUCAGUGUUCCUUGCUUUAUGAGCCCAUUCGCCCUUUGGUUCAAGGACCCCCACCGAGGCUUGAGGGCCCCUGGCUCCUGGUUUUGUCACCCAGGAUUUUUACUACAUCUCAUCUUUCUCCUUCUCUUGGUUCAGCGAAGUCAAUAUGUGAGGUGAUUGUUAUUCUUUCAGGACUGGGGGUUGAAACCAGGGCCUCACGCCUGUCAGGCCAGUGCUCUACCAUUGUGCCACAUCCCCAGCCCUGUGUGAGGUUACGUUUUCCCCCAUACCCCUACUCCUCAGUCAGGAGAGGAAAAAAUGUGAUUCCUAUGAGCAGUUCGAGCCAACCCAGUGAGGGCUCUUCACUCUUACUGGGGAAAAUGGCUGUGUGCUUCCCUUGGGCCUUCCAGAGCCUCAGCCCCUAAGCCAUGAAUGUGACCUGUAUGCCCUUGGCUCCACUAAACAGCCCUUAGACAGGCUUUAGCCCACAGGCCAUCCAAAUCAUGCUGGCUCUAGACUGUGUUCUGUGGCAGGGAUUUUUCCUUUGCUCAUUUUUUACUUUUUGUCACUUUGUUAGUUUGUGGCCGUCUUUCUUGGAAAGACGUAGUGUAAUGGAUACAGCGUAAACUGCAAGACAGGCACCUGCCCUUAAGUGAGGGUUGAAUCCAGUUCUUACUCGUCCACCCAGGGGAAAGACAAAGGAAGGCUGGGUCUUUACUAAGGAAAUACUUGAACCUGGAAGAAGUGAGAGCUGGGUUAUUCUGAAGAUGUUGCUGUGAUCCUGCAGGGCGAUAGGGAGGAGUCACCACCUGUCGGUCCUCCAAGCCUGGCCCCUGCCUGCCACUCUGGGGCAAGGCUGGUGAGGGCGUGAAGAGCUAGAGAGUAGCGGUUCGAGUGGGCUUCUGUCCACUCAGGUUUCCUUGCUCUCUGAUGGUGGCCAGGAGUAGGCUUGAAACUGCGGAUGAGGCCACUUGAGCAGCCAUAGCCGCCUCCCCCUUUCCCUUCCCUCACCUCUUCUUAGAGACUACUGUCCUGCUCUUACCAGGUGUCACUAUAUGGAAGAUGGUGACAGGAGUAGGUUGUAUAUUCUCCGCACCAUCCCCUUGGGUCCUUCAGCUCCUCUUGCUAAUUCUGAACUUGAUUGUCCUCCACUGACCCCCUGGGGAUCCAAACUGCUGCCAGGAGCUGAACAGAUGUCUAAGUUGUCCUUAGGUUUUCUUUCCCAUAGGCUUUGGUGGCUGCUCUUAUCUUAGCAUCCUUUGGCGCCCCUAGGGUCUGGCAGUAAUGAUGGUAACACCGACGUCCCACGUUCGAGCAAUAAGGAAUAGUGCUAGCUUUGCCUCCUUCUACGUUUGAUAUGCUUUCUGGAACAGAAGGGGAGAAUGCCUAAAGAUGAUUCUAGCGAAGAGAAAUGAAAAGGCUGUGGGGACUGCUUGUCGAGUCAGCCACCAGGCUCUGAGGCUGAGCACGGUAGCUCCAUACUGCCACCCUGCGUGACCUUAGGCUUGCCCCUUAACCCCUCUCAGGUUUCCUUCCUUUGAAAGCCGUUAUCACACGCUUCCCUCACAAGGGCAGUGGAAGAAGGUCAGUGAGGCAGGGCUCCCUGCCGCCCCUAGAGGAAGCUUCCUCCAUCACUGCAGGAUGAAUUGGCUGAAGUUGACAGUGGCUCUUGCCACCCUGGCCUCAGGGGACUUUGCUUUUGUUUUAUCCUUUGACUUCUGGAAGAGGAGUGGUUUGGAGCUGACUCGGUGUGACUGAUGGGCACCAUGGCCAGCAUGUGCUCUGCGACCACACUGUGUAGCACUUGGUGUUGACCCACAUCCUUCCCUGACCCCCCACUUCACCUGGCAGGGUGGCCAUCCUCACCAUUUGUGUCUUACAGAGGAGGAAAUGGGAGGUGGCAGUUUGGUGCCAGUAUCAGAGUGACAGUUUGCUCUCUCUUAAUUUUUUGGGGUCAGCACUACAGUCUGAUUUGACAAGAGCCACAGUCUGGUAUCAUAAGGCCAGUUCCUACUGGAGGAUCUUUGGGAAAGGGUCCCCUUGCCUGGGGGAUAUCAUGCAUCAGGGUAUGGGGUUCCUCACAAAGCCCCUGCCCCCCAGGCCAGUGUUGUUCAGGGACACAUCUAGAACUGACCUUUACAUCUAGAACUGACCUUUGAUUUGACCUUCCAUAGUGCCCACAUUGGAAACGACCCCCUCAGGCAAAGAAGAUAACCUCCUGAGCAUUCCUAACUCAUGGAGCUCACCUCUUUUUCCCUCCCUCCCUCUCUUUUUUCUCCCAGUAGUGGAGUUUGAACCCCAGGGAGUCUACCACUGAUCUACAUCCUCAGCCCUUUUUAGUUUUUAUUUUGAGACAGAGUCUUGCUAAGUUGCCCAGGCCGGGCUUGAAUUCGUGACCAUCCUGCCUCAGCCUCCAGAGUCCUUGGCAUUGCAGGCAUGCACCACUGUGCCCUGCCCAGGGUUACUUUUCCUAGAGCAAAGAGCAGCUGGGACCGAAGAGUGGAUGGUUGAAAUAGCCAUCUGUCUGGUGGCCCCCAUGAAUGCAGAACCUUGUACUUUUCAUGGUGUGUUUCUUUGAGUUUGUGCCUGUGAAUGAGGUAUUGAGGAGAGAUGGUUAGAGACACUCACGCCCUCUGGAAGGACUCAGGGGAAGAAGCAAGUCCUGCUGUUUGUUCAGUCUAAACAUUUCCUGAGAACUUUGCCAUAUUGGGAACCUGGGGCAGAGGCGGGCGUAGCCCCCAGUGCAUUAUGAACAUAAAUAAACCUGGUGGUAAGAACCUGGUGAUGUGAGCUAUCCACUUACUAGCUGUGAAUUUGCAAAUGUCUUUCCCACUCUGGGCCUCAGGAGCCCAGAUGAACUGGGAUGUGACUGCCUUCCCUAGCUAAAGAAACCCUUCUAACUUCUAGCCAGACACGGUAGCAUGCACUUGUAGUCCCAUCUACUUGGGAGGCUGAGGUAGGAUGAGUACUUGAGCCCAGGAGUUAGGGAUCAGCCUAAAAAUAAUAUAUUAAGACUUUGUCAUUUAAAUAUAUGGUCCUGGAGCUCCAAUGGUGAUAAGCCUCACCUCGCUAGAUCGCUUCCCUUGGUGGAGAAAAGAAUGUAUGUGAAUGUAUGUAUUGUCAUGGGUCAAAAACCGUCCAAUCUUGGUGGCUUCAUAUGGUUCACCCAUACUUCAUAUGGUAUCACUUGCCUCCUUGGCUUGACUGGAGAAUGACUUCUUGUCAAGAUACAGUUAUUAUUAGGAACGCAUUUCCAAAUGUCUCUUCUUUCAGGCAAAACAGUGUUUUCCUAGAUCAAGAAUUCAAGAUGGAGUGUGAGUGCUCACUUAUAAUCCCAGUGACUCAGGAGGCUGAGGCAGGAGGAUCACAAGUUUGGGCCAGCCUUGGCAACUUAGUGAGACUCUUUCUCAAAAUAAAAAAUAAAGAGGACUGGAAUGUAACGUAGUGAUAAAGCACUCCUAGAUGCAAUCCAUAGUACAAAAAAUAAUUAAUUCAAAUUAAUAAAAACCCCAUAUAAAGGAAACCCCACUGCUGCUUCUGAGGAGAGCUAUCUCCUGGCAUUGCCACCUGGGUGCUCUCCACCUCAGGUGCUGGUGUUGGAAGGUGGGAGGUGAGCUGAAAUCCUGACUGAUUGAUUAAUAGAUGCCUAACUAGCCUGACCCAACCCCAGGGCUUCUGACUGGCUCUUCAGGCCAGAUAAGUCUCUCAUUGAUUUUCUCAGAUUGUAUCUAAGAAUUUUGGUUCAUCCAGAGGAGGUGUUGACAGGCUCCACCCACUCUGUCCUUGUGUGUUGCUGGAAGGACCCUGACCUCCCUAGCCGCUUGGGGAGUCCUGGUCUUGGCUCUCUAGAAUGUUGGAUUCUUUCCCCGAGCUCAAGCCUGUAGGACUGGCCCUUCCUGAUUCUUUCUACCUGUGGUUCCCUGCGUCCACUAUAUUGAACCUGCUUUGGACUUUGAGCUGAAAACUGGAGGCUCAGAGCCCAGCUGGCUAGCAGAGCUGGGAGCCUUUCCACACCUCUCUUUUCCCCUUGGAAACAGAUCCGCUUUCCCCCUGACCCAUCUUCCCUCCUGACCAGUCUGACCUGCCCUCCCUGCAAACACCCACUGGCUGGUUUACUAGACUGAUUUGUAGACGUGGAUGUGACAACUGGAUGGAUGUCUCAGGCUGGGAUACUGGAUUGUAGUCCAGGGGUUCAGAGACAAGACUUCCCUGCUGGGAUGCGUGGGGUAGAUAGACCUCCUGGCAUUCUGAAGUCAGGUCAGAUGGCUGUAAGAGGACUCCUGGCAAGCAACGGCCCGCUGGAUGUGCUGUUACUUGUUCUGUCCUUGCUGAAGUUCAAGGUCAGUUUUCAAAAGUUAAUGUGUUGCCCACAUGUCUGAAGUCCUUACUUAGACACCUAUCUGGGCAGAGCCUGGCGUAAUGUAUUGAUAUUGUGUUCAUCAUGGAUUUUUACCUUAAUUUUUUUAUUUUUUUAGAGUACUGCAUCGAAAUAUGAUUUAUCCCUUGAUUACUUAGUUUUUUGAUGACCCCUUAAAUUUACCUCUAAGGUGAGUACCGCUAGUUCUGGCCCUGCCUGCCCCUCCCCUGGACCUGUGAACCACGCUUCGGCAGCAUCGUGAAGCACAGUAUGUGUUUUCGUUUUUUUUUUUUUUUUCUGGACUCCCUUCCCCUGAGUCCCAAGUGAGGCCGGAAGCUCUCUGGGAAUGUUCACAUCUGAUAGGAAGGCGUUGACUUAACCUCAGUGAAGCACCCCGUUUUCCACUUGGGACCUGUAACUCGGGGUGACCUUUCCUUGGUGUUCUCUGGCUGCUCCUCAGGCUCUCGGAGGCCACUCUGGGUAGGAGAUUGGGAUGAUGACUGCAGAGAGGGUCCUGUGGAGUCUCAUCUGAAACCUCUUUGGGGCGUCUUUGGAUUCAAGGGUUCAGCAGUGAAUGGAGGUUUUCGGCCCUCACAUGAUAAGAGCACAAUCCCUACCUAGCACUGUGCCCGAGGGUGAGCCUUCAAAAUUAUCUCUGGCAUCUUUUCACUCUCACCACUUAUUCAACCACAAGUUUCAAAAGCCAUGUUGGCUGUGGCCCUUUUCUUCAUCGCUGUCAGAGUGAGGCAUGGAUUUAUCCUGGCCUAGAUAUAGGGGCUAAUAAUAAAUGAUAAGAAACCAUUAAAGUUCUGCUAUGUGGGAGACACUGUCCUCAGGAUUUCUACACAUAUGUUUUUCGGCUCCUUAUAGUAAUUCUGGGAGUUAGGUAUUACCCCCACUCGAGGCUAUGUGGACUGAGGCUCAGAUGGUUAUAUGACCUGCCUGAGUCACGGGGCUGGGAAGCCAGUUGCUGAUCUAGGUGGUUCUAAUGUCCUCUCUUUCUCCUCUGAGCACAUUUCUAGGCCACUGUUCAGAAGCUGUGAAAUGAACUUAGCCUUGCUCAGGCCAGUCUAGGCUUUGAGGUUGUCCUCUGUCCAAGGAGGAGCUGUGUCCCUCGGCUCAUCUGCCAUCUGCCUGUGUGGCUGGACUCGCCGCCUCCCACAGCGCAGCUACUUCUCUGUUCUUGGUAGCUGUCUACUCCACUUCCUCUCCACGAUUCUUCAGGGAUUUGUGCCGCAACAAGCUGAACAUGUAGCUCAAUUCUGUAGCUCUCCUGCCAGCACCCCUGAAGGCUGCGGGCCUCUUUCCAGCCCAUAGUUGCCCCGCUGUGGCCCUUCAUUACAGCUUCACCCCACUUUUCUUUAUCCCCAUUUGAGCUUGGAAGCCUUACUGUAGUGUGUCUCCUCCUCCUGGGGAACUUGAAAUCAGGCCGCCGCCUUUGUGUCACAGUGAGCCACAGGCCCCUGGUACCUAGCUGUAGCAAGCAGGUGAUAAACUCAUUCACAUUCCCCUCUGCUUCUUCUCACUACCUGUUCUGCACGUUUGUCUGCAACCACACAUGUCCACCCACAGACAUAGCAUGGUCUAAGACUCCUUUUUAGAGGAUUUUUAAGGAAAUGAGUUGGAGAUGGAUUUUACUUAAUUCACAGAAAUGCUUUCUUUGAGAUUUUCAUCUUAGGGCCUUUGAGUCCAGGUAAAGUGAAAGUUGAUAUAUGUGUUUGCUUGUUCCUCUGUAAUUAGCAACUCGUUUUCAUCCCUAGAUCUUCUUUGCACCAAUGUCUUAUCCACGUGACUUGACCCUGUGUCCUAAAUUCCCAUUUUUGCUUUGGGAUUUAAGUUAUUGUGUGCCAUAACAAUAUUUAAAGAUGGAAAAGUCCUGAAGGAAACUUAGUGGGUUCUUUCCUUUGGCUCUUUCUUUCUUUCUUUUUUUUUUUUUUCCUUCUAUUUUCAAGGUACUGUAAAUUGUCAACUAGGGAUGCCAAGCAGGCUUGGUUCAAUGGCUAAACCUCUUAUUGUAUUACAGUGUAAUGCUGAUCUCAGCCUGGUCCCCGCACCAGAGCACAC